GCGCGAACUUUAAAAUGAGCUGAGUUUAUGUUUUCAGACGGUGAAAGGUGCUCUGUAAAUAUUUCAUUUAAUGUUCCAUUUAUUACAGGUUUGUAAGGAGUCGUCUGCAGCAGAAUAAAUUUUUCAAACUGAAACACAGUCAUCGUCUGCUUGUAAAACACCAUGGGCUCGGUGAAUUCACAGGAGUUUAUUGAAAUAUUGAAUGAAGAUGAAGACCAGGUUUCCCCAGCCUCAGCAGUGCCCCAGAGAGUGCUGAGAAUGGACCCCAGGUCCCCCACUGUUGGGAUCAACAGAACUCCUAUUCAGGUUGAGAAAACUCCAGAUGCAGACUUAAACCAUGUGGCUAAAACCCCACAGCAGGAGAAGAGUCUGCCGUCACACCUGGACCCCCGUUCCCCGACCACCCACAUCACUCGCACACCUCUCCAGUUGGAGAAGGUCAAGCUGGCCCAGGCUGACCCCAGGUCACCCACUGUGGGCAUCUGCAGGACACCACUGGUCAUGGACAAGGCUGAGGUUUUUCCUGUAGAAGAUGGUGAUACCCCGCUGAGCACCCUGAACCUUGACGACUCUGGUCUGGACCUCCCUCCACUAGAGCUGCCCCCUGACGAGACAGACAGCGAUAAUGUCACCACGCUGCUUCUCAACAGGUCUGCCUCUGAGCCUGAUCUGACUUCUACACUCCCUGCCAAAACUAACUCUGGUCCAAACUCUGACAAGAAAGUCAAGCCCCUUUCUGCCAGGAAGCUAAAAAAGCGCAGCAAACCAAAAUCCCUCUUCCCAUUGGACAGCUCAACGCCACCGCGAUCGCCUCUGGCCUUCAUAGACAGCAGUUCUCCUCGCGUCAUUAUGCAGAAAAAACAGCUAUCCAAAUUCGGACUACACAGACACGGCAGUCAGGCACUGGGGAAAUACCAACCCAUUGUGGACAAGGAGAAUUUGCAAAGUGAAACUAAUAAGUGAAGUGGAUAGGUGUUAAGAGAUGCAGUGGGCUUAACGUAGUACAACUUUGAGUGAACCGGACAUUUGACAGUGACAGUGACAUGGUGUUACCCUUAUAACAACCAUGAACAUGAUACAUUGUGAUGGGAAGUCUCAGUCACUUACAAGGGGCUUUACAUAUAAUGAACAAAAAUAAAUUUAAAAAAAACUGUUCCAAUUUGUAUGUUACAUGCAAUAUUCCCUGAAUUCAAUCAUAACUUUUUAUGAUUAUUAUUUGGGUUUGAGUAAGAGAUCCAAGUCCAUUUUUAUGAAUACCUUUUUUUCCUCAGUUGCAUUUGAUAGUGGAAUUCAAUCAUAAAAGAAGUCAGCAGCUGGCCAAGAUUUCAUGAUGUGGAACUCGGAUGCCUGUGAAAAGUCAGCAUGUGAAAAAUGUCCGUUUUUGUCCUUAAUUUAGAUAUAAGAAAUGUAAAAGGCAUAAGCUACAAUGCUAAACAAACCCAAACGAUUGAGAUUCAAUGAGAAAUGUAUAUGUGGUGAUAUAGAGAUCUAGGAGGAUAAUGGAUGGAAAAAUGUAUUGUUAGCAUGUUUGUUUUCCUGUUAGUUGGUAAAUAGUUGAUUGGUGAUUUUUUUGUGACUUACAUUAAUUACAAAGAGAUACUCUUAAUUAAUCCCCUGCAAUUGUGAGCAAGUGUUAUUGCCAUUUCAGUGUUUAUUUGUUUCUUUUUUUAUUCUUUUUUUUUUGUGGGAACAUUCAUGCCACCAAAUAUAAUGCAGCAUUGUCUGUUCUUGGUACUUUGCCAUUGGUUUAAAGAUGGCAUGAUGGAUGUUAUGUUGUAUCCAUAGGGAGAUGAAUAAUGAAGUUUUCAUGUGAUUGCAAAUGUUUUGAAGUUACACGAGGGACCAUUGUGUUUUUCUUUUCAAAAAUAUGUUGAAUAUUUGUGAAUUUGGUAGUGGUGUAUAAGUUGAAUGAAAUAAGUUUGUGUUAGAAUUGUGAGAGUCAUUUGUGUAAAAAUUUAAAAAUAAAAUAAUCCUUCAAAAAAUAUAUUUGUCCAUUGACUCAUGAAUAGGUUGACCUCGAAAUUCAAUUUUUAAAGCAAACUUAUCUAUUCCAUUUUCUCUAUUGCAACGGUACUGGACACUCUUGAAAUAAAAAGAAACAUUUUAUACCAAAGGUUUAUUUCCACACAGUCUAAAAACUGUUAUAAACUGCAAGUUACAACAA